AAAGAAGUUGGAGAUAAAGGACUAUGGGGACUCGUGAACAACGCCGGACGCUCCCUUCCCAUGGGUCCAUCAGAGUGGAUGAAAAUCGAAGACUUCGAAAACACGCUCAAAGUCAACAUGACUGGUGUUAUCGAGAUGACCAUGAACUUCUUUCCUCUUGUCAAAAAAGCCCGUGGACGAGUGGUGAACGUGGCAUCAGUGUUGGGAAGAGUGGCAGCUAACGGCGGAGGGUAUUGCAUCUCAAAGUUUGCGGUGGAGAGCUUCUCUGAUUGUCUCAGGAGGGACAUCCAGAAUUUUGGGGUCAAUGUGUGCAUCAUCGAACCUGGUUUCUUCAAGACACAGGUGACCAGCCUGGAGCCUAUCGAGAGGGAACUUCAUCGCCUCUGGAACCAGCUGACGCCUGAAGUGAAGGAGAGUUAUGGAGACAAAUACUUGGAUCAAUAUAUCAAGAUCCAGAGGCUGAUCAUGAACACCAUAUGCGACUCCGACCUCAGUAAAGUGACCAACUGCAUGGAACACGCCCUGCUGGCCGUCCACCCAAGGACACGCUACAGUGCAGGCUGGGAUGCCAAGCUCUUGUGGAUUCCCUUGUCUUAUAUGCCCGCUUGCAUUGUAGAUAUUGCCCUGAAGCUGGUGUUGCCAAAGCCAGCAAAAAGUGUCUAGAUUUGGAAGUGAUUGUAGGCCAGAUAUGUUUAACUCUUAACCUUUCAUUUUCUUCUUAUGAUACACUGGAUGAUGCUUUAUUCUGGGGUCUUACUAAGUAACUAGAGUUUACAAACACUGUGUCUGUAAAUUUAAUAGUGUAUUUAUGAUGCAAAGUUAUCUGGUAACUGGACACUAUCAGUAAUUUUGUAUAUUUAUGAACCAUUAUGCAACGUAAUUAAAAUGUGCCUUGAAAAUGCAUCACCAGUUUGUGCCCGUUGGUCAUCUAAUGUAGAUGUGUUGCUAGAGUGGCCUUUGGUGUUAUAUUUGUAUGAAACGGUCAGAGUUACUGCUAAUUAAGUUCAUAUAACUGUAUAAACAUAAUUCAAUAAAUGUUAUAAGAAUAUUUUCUAUGCACUGCCAUCUGUGCACCAAUCUCU